GAAAGGAAAAGGACAGGAGGAAAAGGAAAGGGAAGGGGGGGAAAAGAGAGACGGAGAAAAUCCUCCGUCGCCCCCUCCCCCUCUCUAAAAAAAAAAAAAAUUAGCAAGAGCGCGAGCGAGAGGAGGGGGGCUCGCGGCGGCGAAAAAUAAAUAAAAUAAAGAAAACGGCAGGAGCGGCUCCAGCCGGCAGCAGCGGCGGCGGCAGCAGGGCAGCGGCGGCGGCAGCCGAGGCGGAGGCAGGCGGCAGCAAGGGUCCCCUCGCUCUCCGCUCGCCCCCGGCGCCCGGGCGGCCGCCACCCCCCCGCCCCCCGCCUCACUCCCCGGCAGCCCGCAGCGAGACGCGCCGCUCCCCAGCACUUUUUUGGGCCCGAGAUAUGGCAAUGGUAGUUAGCAGCUGGCGAGAUCCGCAGGAAGACGUGGCUGGGGGCACUCCGAGCGGCCCCAACCCCGCCGCGACGCAGCCGGCCCGGGAGCAGCAGCCCCAGCAGCAGGGGAGUUCGGCCACCCCACACACCCCGCAGACCCCCAGCCAGCCGGGACCCCCCUCCACGCCGGGCACGGCCGGAGACAAGGGAGCGGGCCAGCAGGGCUCGGGGCAGAGCCAGCAGCACAUCGAAUGUGUGGUGUGUGGAGACAAGUCCAGCGGCAAGCACUACGGCCAGUUCACCUGCGAGGGCUGCAAAAGUUUCUUCAAGAGGAGCGUCCGCAGGAACUUAACUUACACAUGCCGCGCCAACAGGAACUGUCCCAUCGACCAGCAUCACCGCAACCAGUGCCAGUACUGCCGCCUCAAGAAGUGCCUCAAAGUGGGCAUGAGGCGGGAAGCGGUUCAGCGAGGAAGAAUGCCGCCCACCCAACCCAACCCCGGCCAAUACGCCCUGACCAACGGCGACCCUCUGAACGGGCACUGCUAUCUCUCGGGGUACAUCUCCCUCCUGCUGCGGGCCGAGCCCUACCCCACCUCCCGCUACGGCAGCCAGUGCAUGCAGCCCAACAACAUCAUGGGCAUCGAGAACAUCUGCGAGCUGGCCGCCCGUCUGCUCUUCAGCGCCGUCGAGUGGGCCCGCAAUAUUCCCUUCUUCCCAGACCUGCAGAUCACCGACCAGGUGGCCUUGCUGCGGCUCACCUGGAGCGAGCUCUUCGUCCUCAAUGCUGCCCAGUGCUCCAUGCCCCUCCAUGUGGCCCCGCUCCUUGCCGCCGCCGGCCUCCACGCCUCCCCCAUGUCGGCCGACCGCGUUGUCGCCUUCAUGGACCACAUCCGCAUCUUCCAGGAACAGGUGGAGAAGCUGAAGGCGCUGCACGUCGAUUCGGCUGAAUACAGCUGCCUGAAAGCCAUCGUCCUCUUCACCUCAGACGCCUGCGGCCUAUCGGAUGCUGCGCACAUCGAGAGCCUCCAGGAGAAAUCGCAGUGCGCGCUAGAAGAGUACGUGCGGAGCCAGUACCCCAACCAGCCGAGCCGCUUCGGGAAGCUGCUGCUGCGGCUGCCCUCCCUGCGCACCGUCUCCUCCUCCGUCAUCGAGCAGCUCUUCUUCGUCCGCUUGGUAGGUAAAACCCCCAUCGAAACCCUCAUCAGGGAUAUGCUACUGUCGGGGAGCAGCUUCAACUGGCCUUACAUGUCCAUCCAGUGCUCCUAGAGCUCAUCCCGCACCCCCAGCAGAGAGGCGGCGGAGCGGCGGAGAGGGGAAGUCUCGCACCGAGGGGCAGUCAGGGUGCAGGGGGGGCCCGGGUGGUGGACACUGAACAAAAGAAAGGGCGAGUGGGAGCAGAGAUGUGGCCGUGGAGGGGAGAAGGACGGACCUGUUGUCCGUGGAGGUUGUGAUGUUUCGCCUUUUUUUUUUUUUUUGACCUAUUUUGGUUUUUGUUUUGUUUUGUUUUCUUUCGGAGAGGAGGAAAAAAUAAAUAAUAUUAAUAAAAGAGACAAAAAAAAAAUGAGUAUUGAGGGGAUAUUAAUCAAACCUGAAGGGGAUACUGGAUCUUCCAGGAUUUAUUGUGGACUGUUGUUGAUAUAUGCUGUACAGUUAAGCAACAAAACAUAAAAACAUUGAAACUGAACUGAACCUUGUGUAGAAAAAAAAAAAAAAGAAGCCCAAAACCAAGCAAACAACAACAAAAUUUCUAUGCGCAAACAUUUACCAUGAACAUUGUUACUCCUUUUGUAAUAUAUUAGUCUUUAUUUUCAAUUUUGGUAAAAGUUAAAAAACAUCAUAUGCGCAUAAAGAAAAAAAAAGGAGAAUUAGGGGAAAAUAACAUUUUCCAAAUAAUUAUAAAAGAAUUGUCCUGUGUCUAUGUAUCUAUAUCUGUUUUGUAUUUUUUUUCUGGUUCCAAACCAGGUUUCCUGUGAUUCUAUACUAAUAAUUUUUGAUAUAAUCCUUUGCUUCUUAUAAUGAGUGCGAUAUAUGUUGUCAAAGCUGUUCUUCAAGAAGUAAAAUUGAAGUGAGAAUUAAAAAAAAAAAAAAUAAAAGAAUUUAGCAAAAAACCCCCAUCUUAUCACCCCACAACCCAUGAGUCUUGUUGCUUGAAACAUGCCAACAAUUCAGUAAAAAAACAAAAAAAGAAAAAAAUUAGAAGAAAAAAACCGUAAACGAUAACAACAAAAAAUCUCCCCAUAUUUUUAAUUUCUUUACUGGUGCUAAAGAAGAGAACUUAAAAAAUACCUGGGAGGGGUAACCAAGUCACGCAAACUAUGGGAUGUUCCAAAAUGGACUGGACUGUAUAAGCUCAGAUCUGAGAUGUCAAGGCCUAGAAAAAGGGAGCAGGAGUUGCAGUGUGAUGCCUUAGGUGACCUCGCCUCACUGGGACUGCACCACAAACUUUCCACCAAGGCUGGUGGGCCUAUCAGGCUGGCCUGCCCCUUUUUGAAACACUCUUUCCCAUCACCUGGAUUUUCUGCUGAGUUCACACCUUGCUUUUUACUCUCAGACACCGUGGGCAUGGAUUGAAGUCUCCACAUGCCAUCAUCUCUACCUGUGCAGCAGGAGGCAUAUCUCUAGCCAUGGGUCCUGUUUGUUCCAGACAUGGUGGCUUUCUGCUUCUGGGGGCUUGGCAUUGGUCUGACUUUUUUGGUUUUAUCUUCUUUUCCACUCCAAGGGUUCACAGACCCCAAUAUAUGUUCCAGUGUGCACGCCUUGUGCUUACUCUCAGCCAGAACAGAUCUCUUGAUUUUUUUCCCAAAUUUAGUUGCUGUAUGUGGAGAGUAUUCCCACUCCAUUAAUACAGAAAUCCAGCUGUAUGCUUGCUCAUUGGGUGGUAAGCUAGGGCAUUUCAUGUAUGCUUAUGUGCCAUGGCCAUGCAAAAACCGCAGGCUGUGACAUCCCACACCAUGGCCCACCCACUGCCAGGGCCUGACCUCUGUGCCAAAAACCCCUUUUCGUUUCAUCUUGUCUUUUUUUCCCCAGAAAAUUAAAAAUCGUUUUUGUAAUUGAGCUCCUUUGAAGGUAAAGGCUUCUAGCUGGUGGUGCAGAUCUCUGUAACAGCUUUCAGUGCAUUAAUGUUUUAUAGGAUCUGAGACAGAGCUGUAAGAACAGAUACUACCAAGGGAACUCUUUCUUAAUGUAUUAAUAAAGCUGAAUCUUUAAAAAUUACAUUGUCCCCCACACACAGACACCUCCUGUGCCCUCCAAACAAGUCAAGAUGAGGUAGACUUUUCAGUUUGUGAAGACAUGGACAGUGUUUUCCCUCUAAUUUGCUAUCUUCCAUACUCUUCUCUCUCUCCUUCCCUCUCUCUCUCUUAAUCUCUCCCAUCCUUUUUUUAAAUUAUUCUUUAUUUCUUUUUCCCCCUUUUUUUCUUUCUUUAACAAGAUUCUUCAAUUCAACUCGCUUGGGGUUUUUUUAUAGUCUAGGUGCAGCAGAUCUGAGGAUAGAACAGCUCUAUACAGUAGACAGUUAUAGCUGGAUAAUCAAGAUUACAGGCAGAUCCUCUAUGGGGGUAUCACCCCAUUCAAGACGGAGAAACAGCCUGUAUUCAUAGGUGCUGGGAGUGGGGGGACUUGGAUAAUUCCAGACUGAGCACACAAAAACAGGGAUUUGGGAGUUCGACAGACAGACAGACAUCCUCCCUUUUGUUACUCACUUGGACGCUGCAUGACUGAAAGCUUUGUUCCUCCCUCUUCCCCGGGGCCUUCCCUGGAGAGAGGGAGUCCAGCAGCCCCUCCGGGCUCUCAACGGGGAGUGAGAGGGAAUGCUCAGACAUGGGCAGUGCUGAAAGAAGCAUUUUCAGUACUGCUUUAUGGUGGGAUGGGUGAUUUGGGACCCAGAUGAAUUAGCAGUUAAAAACACAAACAAAAGAAAAACAACAACAGGAAAUUAAAACAAACAAACAAACAAAAACCAAACCCACCAAAACAAACAAACAAACAAACAAACACACAAACACCCCCAAAACAAAUAAUAAUAUCAAAAAACAAACCAACAAAACAAAAAAACAGCCCCUCUCUACCUAAAAAUAAACAAUACAAAUGGGGAUAUUGGAAGAGAAAAACAGGUUUUGGUUUCUUCCAAUGGGAUGUAAAUAAAUUCAUUAUAGUGUUAUCCCACUGAUGAAAAGAGAAAAACUUUUUCGUAGAUAUUUUUCAAUCAAUUUUCAUAUUUAUGAAUAAUAAUAACCCACGCAUUGCCAAGAAACUUGCAGGUGUAGAGGAGAUGUACGAGAUGCACUUAUUUCCAUGUAUGUGCCUAGAAAUAAGUGUUUCAAUCCUUUAUUAAACUUUGCUUAUAAGACGGUAUUGUGCUUUGAAGUGUCAACUACCCAGCCUGCGUUGUGUCAGUGCAUGUUUUCCUUUGCCACGCUGCAGCUUCUCGGGCAUUCAUAUGGCAGCUAAAAGUACUGUAUCAUCGCGUCAUCGCGUGCUAUUUGCUGGGGGAAAAAAAAGAUAAUACGUGAAUGUGGAGAUGGGCUGGGGUCCCUCAGCAAGUUUCUGCCGACUUAUUUGUAAUCUACAAUAUACUGCUUUAAAACUA